UUGGUCUAGAAUUUAAGUGUGUCUCGGGGGCUCGUUCUGGCCUUUUAUCUAGGCCCAACUGGGAGGGCAUGGAAAAACCUUGAACUAGUCCUUUUGACCUAUAGCUUGUAUUGCUAGGAGCCUUCUCUUUUGGUGGACGAGUGCCUGUGUUCUAGUAUUCUCCACUUGUAACCGAACGCUAUUGCAUCAGCAUCAACAGAACCCUCUUUUCCAUUUUCAGCUGAAAUUUUGCGGGUGAAGCGUAAGAGCAUUCUGAAUGCACAGCUCUCGGACAUCUGCAUUGGAACUACUGCAGCACCCGCGUACCUCCCAGCCCAUUACUUUGAAACCAAGGAAGCCAAAGGGAACGUGAGAGAGUUCCACCUUAUUGAUGGAGUUGCUGCUGCUAAUAAUCCAUUAUGCAUUGAUUGCGAUUGGAGAAGUAACGAAGGAGGUGCACUAAGGGAACCCGGAUUACUUCCCCUACAGACCUAUGGAUUAUCGCAAACUUCUACUUAUAUCAUUAGGGACCGGUUCAGCAAAGGUUGAAGAAAGGUACGCUGCAAAACGUGCAAGCAAAUGGGGAGUUCUGGGGUGGUUGCUGAGUGGCGGAUCCACGCCAUUGGUGGAUGUGUUUAUGCAAUCAAGUGCUGAAAUGGUUGACAUACACAUUUCAGUGGUCUUUCAGGAGGCUCUCCGGUCUGAAUCAAAUUAUCUUCAGAUUGAGGAUGAUACUUUGAGCGGGACUGUAUCUUCUAUUGAUGUCUCCACGAAGGACAACUUACAGGAUCUCGUUAAGAGGGGUGACCAGUUGUUGAAGAAACCAGUCUCAAGGGUGAACCUGGAGACUGGUGCGUUUGAAACAGUAGGGAAUGGAGAAGGAACAAACGAAGAUGCUCUUAAAAGGUCUGCUAAACUCCUUUCACAUGAAAGAAGACUUCAUGAGUCAAGAUCCCCGCAUGUGAAAACGCCCAGAAAACAUUAAUGAGCAUCGCUCGGUUACUGUAACUUCAUGAAAUUUUUCCUUUCUUGACGGGAGAAGAAGCCAACUGUACACUGUAUGCAAGCAAUAUACGUCUUCAUGGUGGAUGCAGUUAGUUCAUGCAAUCCAAGAAAUAGUAGCAUUGUGAUACUGUAGGCAAAUUUGCCAGAAGGAAAGUUCUGUAGAUUAGUACAUUUUUAAAAGGCAAUAUAAUUCAUUCAUUCUAUUAUAAAA